AUGCCUCGCAGGGCGCCGGUCAUCGGCGCCCUGAUGAUGGCCACCCUCACACCCGGCGCGUUCCUCAAGCUCGCAGAAGAGUCGGAGGGAGAUGAGGUGACGACGGAGAUGCAGAUGCUCGAAGCUUCUCGAGAAGAGAUUCGGAAGCAAGUGCCCAAAGAUGCAAGAGGGUUGAGAAGACUCUUCCAGUCAAUACGCGUGUUCUGGUACUACUACGUCUAUGAUCCGAUUGCGACGGGAUUCCGUUUUCUGCACCUGGCGGUGAUCUUUGUGCCUGUAGUGAUAACGGUUCCUGUGAUCUGGAUUGGUCGAAAAAUCGAUGGCAAGAGCAAUGCACAGACGGGCACAUUGUGGUGGUACCGAUUCCUGGUCAAGGCGAUGGAGCGUGCUGGCCCCGCAUUUAUCAAACUUGGACAAUGGGCGGCUUCCCGGACCGAUAUCUUCCCACCAGAGAUGUGCAACAUCAUGUCUUCACUUCACUCUAAUGCCCCGGCUCACUCACUGGCGGAUACAAAACGAACUAUUCGCAAGGCGUUCAACGGCAGACGAUGGGAAGACAUCUUCGAGGAAUUCCACGAGGAACCUCUCGGUGUUGGUGCAAUCGCUCAAGUCUACAAAGCGAAGCUCAAGCCAGACUUGGCCACGAGUGAACAAGAACUCGAACAAGUCCCCAGCACUUUGGGCGAGAAGAUGCGCAAGAAUGUGGAUGUGUUGGUCAAGAGCUCACCGCAACGGGUCCCGUCAUCUUACGUCGCUAUCAAAGUUUUGCAUCCCCGGGUCGAAAAGAUGAUUCACCGAGACCUGCGCAUCAUGGGCUUCUUUGCAUCUUUGAUCAACGCCAUUCCUACUAUGCAUUGGCUGUCAUUCCCCGAUGAGGUGAAGCAAUUCGGGGAAAUGAUGAAACUUCAACUGGAUAUGCGAAUCGAGGGGACGAAUCUGGUCAUAUUCCGUGACAAGUUCAAGAUGCGAACCACGGCCUGGUUCCCAUAUCCCUACCUGGACUACACUACACGCGAAGUGCUGGUGGAGGAGUUUGCGCAGGGAAUUCCCUUGGCGACUUUCCUGGAUAUUGGUGGCGGUGUCUUCCAACAUGAGAUUGCCAAUGAAGGGCUGGAUGCCUUUCUGCAUAUGCUCUUGAUUGACAACUUUGUCCACGCUGACCUCCACCCCGGGAAUAUCAUGGUCCGCUUCUACAAGCCCAGUGAACUCGACCUCUCCUUGCGGAAAAAGUCCCGGGCCACCAAAGCUCCAACCCGCGCCGAGGUCGACGUCACCGAUGCAGUGCUGGAGCGAUUGCGACCGCAUCUCGGAGACAAGUCCGAAUGGGAGUCUGCCCUCGCUCAACUGAAUGAUGAAGGGUAUCGGCCUCAGUUGAUCUUUAUCGACACGGGCCUUGUCACCCAAUUGAACGACCUGAACCGACGAAACUUCUUGGAUCUUUUCCGAGCAAUCGCCGAGUUUGACGGCUACCGAGCUGGUCAGCUAAUGGUUGAGCGAUGCCGUACGCCGCAUGAAGUGCUCGACCCAGAGGUGUUUGCGCUGAAGAUGCAGCAUCUCGUGCUCAGUAUCAAGUCGCGCACAUUUGCCCUGGGCAACAUUAAGAUUGGUGACGUCCUGAGUGAAGUCCUCACCAUGGUCCGGGGCCAUCACGUUCGAUUCGAGGGUGACUUUGUCAACGUGGUCAUCUCCUGUCUUCUUCUCGAAGGAAUCGGGCGGAGCCUGAAUCCCGAUCUUGAUUUAUUCAAGAGCUCACUCCCCAUUCUUCGACAACUGGGCACGGGCUCGACUUUCUUGCAGACUGUGCGAUCGGGUGACACUUCGAUGCUUCGGGUGUGGGUCGGUUUGGAGGCUCGCGGUUUACUGCAGGCCAGCAUCGAAAGUGUGGAACGAUGCGUCAAGUACGACCUGCUUUCUCCGAAUAUAUGA